AUGGGGAAACCGGUAAACAUCCCAAUGGUCAACCCGGGAGAGAUACAGAAACUGGAAGCUGUCACCAAAGAUGUCGAGAAAGGGACUGAGAAGCCCGCGUUGCAACGACAAGGCUCAGGCCCGCCUUAUUCGAUAUUCACUCCCCGGAUGAAGAUAUGGAUCAUCUUCCUUGUGAGCGUGUCGGCUUUGAUAUCGCCCUUUGGCGCAACGCUGUUCUACCCAGUGCUGAACGUCCUCUCUGACGUGCUGCAUGUAACGCCCACGAUGACGAACGUGGCCAUCACGACUUAUAUGAUCGCCCAAGCCAUUGCUCCUGCCAUUAUCGCGGGCAUGUCGGACGGAAGUGGGCGCAGGCUCUCCUUCAUAAUAUGUUUUAUCAUCUUCAUUUGUGCCAACCUUGGUUUAGCCCUCGAAACAAAUUACGUCGCGCUUCUCCUGCUACGUUGUUUGCAGGCCUCUGGGUGUAGUGCUGCCAUAGCGCUAUCAAUCGCUGUGGUGGCUGACAUAUCCACUUCGGCAGAGCGAGGCAAAUACAUGGGAUAUGCCACUGCCGGUAUCUUGUUCGGUCCAGCUUUUGGCCCGACUAUCGGGGGCAUUCUUGCUCAGUAUCUAGGAUGGCGGAGCACCUUCUGGUUCCUAGCUAUCUUUGCUGGCGUCCUGCUUGUUAUAUUUAUCUUCUUCUUUCCCGAGACAUGUCGGUCUGUGGUGGGUAACGGAUCGAUACCUCCAACUGGCGUCAAUCGGUCUUUCUUCAGCUACCUGCAGGAGCGGAAAGAGCGACGUGAGGCCGUGCCUGGUGAGGAACAGUUACCGCCACCCGAGAAACGCAAAUUUACGUUCCCCAACCCACUCAAGACACUUCGCAUCUUAGGCGAGAAAGAGUCGUGCAUCCUUCUUCUGUACAACGGGCUCUUCUUCACCGGAAUGAUGGUCGUUUCAGCCGCCCUGCCAGAUCUAUUCAAAGAUGCAUAUGGCCUGGACGAACUCAAGAUCGGCCUGUGCUACAUAGCCGUCGGAACAGGCUGCCUAGUCUCCUCAUUAACCAUGGGCCACGUCGUAGACUGGAACUUCAGGCGCCAUGCCGCGUUGAACAACCUCACAAUCACCAAAGGCAAACAGCAAGAUCUUCAAAACUUUCCCAUAGAGAAAGUCCGACUGCAAGUUGCCGCGCCUGGCCACAUGAUUGGGACUGCAGCAUUGAUCGCGUUCGGAUGGAUGGUGAAGUACAAGACACAUAUUGCGGGACCGGAGAUAGCCCUUUUUUUUAUGGGCUUUGGAACCUCGACGGCUUUCAAUCAGACGAAUACGCUGCUGAUUGAUCUUCAUCGCCACCAAGCCGCCACUGCAACUGCGGCUAUCAACUUUGUACGAUGCUUGAUGAGCGCGGCUGGAUGCGCGGCGAUUAUCCCCAUGUGUCAUGCGAUGAAUCCGGGCUGGGCAUUCACAUUACUGGGAUUGGUAUAUGCAGUUCUGAUAAGCGUAGUCUUUUGGAUCAUGAGGAACGGUAUGAAGUGGAGGCUCGAGCAGGAAGAGAAGAAGCGUGAUGCCGGGGCUGAAAAUUGA